AUGUCUACUCGUACUGUAUCUGUUAAAUCCUUCAACAACAACAUCAAGCAAACUCAUUCUCAUGCUGCACAAAUAAAGCCCAUUGCUACUGUUUCCAAGGCCACUAAGUCUAGCCAUCAUACCAAUCAGCAACAGCAACCCUCCAAGAAGAAGUUGCAGGCGACCAACCAUCAUAGCAAGCAGCAACACCAACGCCGCAAUCAAAAGAAGGUCAACGCUGCUGUUACUGACGAAGACUCCUCUUCCUCUUCUUCUUCAUCGGCCUCUGAAGAUGACAAACCUGUCAGAAGAAAUAAGCGAAGCAAUCACUAUCAACAGCAACAACAAUCUAGCUAUGUUGAUCAAGUUUACGCCGGUCCUACAUUCAACAAUGCUCCUGCUCCAAGUGCACUUCCUAUCCCUGCUUUUAAUGCUCGUGGUUCCCCUAUCAACUACCCUCAACCUCUUUAUCACUCUGUAAAUCCCUCUCUUCAACAACAAUCCAUGGACCUCAUGAACUUGAUUACUCCUCAAAGGGCCGUCAACACUGCUUAUGAACUUGAAAAGACCAAUUUGGCCCUUUCUGAAAUCCAACGAGGCCUUCGAUCCAUGCUCAAAAUUGAAUCCUAA